UGGCACAGAGCUGGACCUUGUGGACUCUCAGAGCUUCCACCGAAAGCUGCAGGUCUAUUGAGGAAGGCUCACUGAGCAAGGGGGGCCCAGCAGCGUGCUCCCCAGCCCCACCCCAAGAGCCCCUCUGCAUCCGGGGCUCGCUGUCUGUGGCAGCCUGGGCUUGAGAAACCACUGUUUGGAACAAUGAUUCUGACAGGAAUCUGGAGAUCAGAACUCACAGGGGCUUGGGGCUGUCAUGUAGCUCCUAGAGCUACCAGGACCCUCUCAAAUCCACCAGCUGAGCAGAAGGCAGGCUGGGCUUCCCAAACACAUUCUUACACAAGCAAAGGGCAAACUCCUCCAUGCAGGCCAGUGUGCCCUGAGCUGCAGUCCCAAUCCCAGAGCCCUGUGGGCCAGCUGGCUUUGUAAGGACUGGAGAAAGCCCCUGUUGUGUGAGUAGCUGGCCCUUCCCUAGGGCCCGACGCUUAUACCCCAGUCUUCCCUGCCCAGGUCCUGAGGGGACGGAGUACAGACGGCCAGCUCUGCAGUUCUGUCUGCUCCAGUGGCCGGUCCUCCCCGGUGGGGACUAACGCAGCAGCGGAGUUUCUGCCACACUGUGGCCCGCACCUGCUGCACUCCCCUACGAAGCCAAAGAGUUAGCUUGGUAAGAGGGAGGUGAGGACACAGAGCUGGGAAAGGGGACCCAUCGGUGAAGAAGGCAACGAGCGGGAGCGGGUCUGCAGAUUCUGUCUGGCAGUAUGGUAAUAACAGCAACACAUGUCCCGUGGGGCUGGAUCCCACUUCGGGCCUGGGAUAGCUGCCACAGAUUUCCUCCUUGACUACUUUGUCUGCUGGGGAAGCCUCUCGUAACCGCUCCUCAACUUCUGCCUCCUCCCGUCCUUUCCCAGGCCGGGCAGCACCCAGCUGAGCUCUCCACGAGGUUCUGGUUAGUAAGCUGGGCUCUGCCAAGGAAUGGGGUGUUCUCCUUGUGGGGUGGGGGCCGAGGCCUGGGAGCCCAACGAAGCUGCCAGAUCGGUGGUGGCGGCGGGUGGCUCUCCUCGGUAGCUCUGCCUGGCCGGCCCCUUUAAGUCAAGUUCGCUGCCGGGCCAGGUGCGGCGCUGCGUGGCGCGGUGCGGCUGCGGGCGGCAGCCGGGCGCUCCUUACGCGCCGCCCGCGGGACUGCAGAGCCGGCUCCCGGUGGCCGCCCGCACUCCGCGGCCGCCUCCCUGCGCCACCGCGGUUCCGCCGGCGCUUGUGGUCACCCAGAAACAUGGAGGCUCCGGGUGCCCAUCAGGAAGGGCAACGUCACACCUCCUGAGGACAGCCAGGAGGACUCUGGCUUUUGAUGAGCUUUUCAUCUUGCCUCCUUCCUUCCAAAGACUCCAGACUGAAGCUCAGCUGUCCUCAAGUCCUGCGUGCCCCUGGCCAGGCACACCACUGCCCCUCCAGCCCAGCCCAGCCCUGGAGCUCACCUCCAGGACCUGGAGCCUGCCCGCCUGCCCAGAAUGACUCACCAUUAUUUCUAGCUUGAGUGAGAAGAUGUGAUGGGGAAUCAGGCUGCCUGUUUGUAUAUCUAGGAUUCCUGAAGCAUCUGAUCAGCUCUGCAAGAGAGCUUCAGAUUCCUGCGUUGCCAGCCAAGCGAGGCUGUGUCUCGGGCUCUCAGAGAGCCCUCUGGGGCUCUCUUGCAGGAGCCCAGGCCAAUGCUUCUCUGUCUCCUGGGGCCGUAAGCAGCACCUAAGCUCCUUGCCACCAGGCAGCUGGAAGGUGUAGCGGGAGGCACUUCUCUCAAUCCCAAUUAUGACAGUGGCCACUGGAGACCCAGCAGAUGAGGCUGCUGCCCUCCCUGGGCACCCACAGGACACCUAUGACCCAGAGGCAGACCACGAGUGCUGUGAGCGGGUGGUGAUCAACAUCUCGGGGCUGCGGUUUGAGACUCAGCUAAAGACUUUAGCCCAGUUUCCAGAGACCCUCUUAGGGGACCCAAAGAAGCGGAUGAGGUAUUUUGAUCCCCUCCGAAAUGAGUACUUUUUCGAUCGGAACCGCCCUAGCUUUGAUGCCAUUUUGUACUACUACCAGUCUGGGGGCAGGUUGAGGCGUCCUGUGAAUGUGCCCUUAGAUAUAUUCUCUGAAGAAAUUCGGUUUUAUGAGUUGGGAGAAGAAGCAAUGGAGAUGUUUCGGGAGGAUGAAGGCUACAUCAAGGAAGAAGAGCGUCCUCUGCCUGAAAAUGAGUUUCAGAGACAGGUGUGGCUUCUCUUUGAAUACCCAGAGAGCUCAGGGCCUGCCAGGAUUAUAGCUAUUGUUUCUGUCAUGGUGAUCUUGAUCUCCAUCGUCAGCUUCUGCCUGGAAACACUGCCCAUAUUCCGGGAUGAGAACGAAGACAUGCAUGGUGGUGGAGUGACCUUCCACACCUAUUCCAACAGCACCAUCGGGUACCAGCAGUCGACUUCCUUCACAGACCCUUUCUUCAUUGUAGAGACCCUCUGCAUCAUCUGGUUCUCCUUUGAAUUCCUGGUGAGGUUCUUUGCCUGUCCCAGCAAAGCUGGCUUCUUCACCAACAUCAUGAACAUCAUUGACAUUGUGGCCAUCAUCCCCUACUUCAUCACCCUGGGAACAGAGCUGGCUGAGAAGCCAGAAGAUGCUCAGCAGGGCCAGCAGGCCAUGUCGCUGGCCAUCCUCCGUGUCAUCCGGUUGGUAAGAGUCUUCAGGAUUUUCAAGUUGUCCAGACACUCCAAAGGUCUCCAGAUCUUAGGCCAGACCCUCAAAGCCAGUAUGAGAGAGUUGGGCCUCCUGAUAUUCUUCCUUUUCAUCGGGGUCAUCCUUUUCUCUAGUGCUGUCUAUUUUGCAGAAGCCGAUGAGCGAGAGUCCCAGUUCCCCAGCAUCCCGGACGCCUUCUGGUGGGCAGUGGUCUCCAUGACAACUGUAGGCUAUGGAGACAUGGUUCCAACUACCAUUGGGGGAAAGAUCGUGGGUUCCCUAUGUGCAAUUGCAGGCGUGUUAACCAUUGCCUUACCGGUGCCUGUCAUAGUGUCUAAUUUCAACUACUUCUACCACCGGGAGACAGAGGGAGAGGAGCAGGCCCAGUACUUGCAAGUGACAAGCUGUCCAAAGAUCCCAUCCUCUCCUGACCUAAAGAAAAGUAGAAGUGCCUCAACCAUUAGUAAGUCUGAUUACAUGGAGAUCCAGGAGGGGGUAAACAACAGUAACGAUGAUUUUAGAGAGGACAACUUGAAAACAGCCAACUGCACUUUGGCUAAUACAAACUAUGUGAAUAUUACCAAAAUGUUAACUGAUGUCUGAUUGAAACCUAUUAACAUACAGCCCAAUGGAACUAAUGCAGAUAUUGCAUAACAGUCUGCACUGUAGUCAGUUUGCUCCACAGUGUGUAUCUGGUUCUGCAUGGAAAGCAGUAGUCAUACAAGUGACUUUUGAUCUUCUGAUUUUUUAUUUAGAACACAGAAUAUCUAUCCGUGGCUUUCAUGCAAAUCUUCAUCACUGGCUUAGGGGUUUCCAAAGAUGGGAGUCACCUAUGGAGCCAGGAUUUCAUGAAGACACAUUGAGGCCACUUCAUAUCAAAUAUAUAAUCCACCACAUUGGUACCACCUUACCUUCUGAACUAAAUGCACACAGUGUCUGGGAGAUGCAACCCAUACCAUCAUCCCAUUUGAGCCCACCUGCCCUUCACAGAGGGAGACCAUGGUGGCUUAGAUUUAAAGCUCUGGUAAUUAUUUAAAAGGUCAUUCCCAUUUUUGCGUUGAAAAGAACACAUAGUCCUGUAUGUUGGAAUUACUUUCUGUGUCACAGGCUGGGGUUUGUGAAUUGCAGUCACCAAGUAGAUGCUCUGGAGGCUUGUGUUUCAUAAUGGAAAAUGCUGCAUUUGGUUUUUUCUCUGCAGUGUCGAUGUGAGGGAACCCUGGGGGAGGGACAGUUCCUAUGACCAAAUGUGGGUUGUCAAGUUUCACAUUUGCUCUCUUAGGCCUGAUGGGAGAAGCUAUCAAACCAAGGGACCUCUCAGCUUCAGAUUUCACCAUUUUCACAGGCUUCAGGGUCACAAAAACAUGACUGAUUUCUUCGUGACACUGAAGUUUGCAGAGAGAGCUGCUUUCCUAGUGCUGUGGCCCAGCUACACUGACACUGCAGUGAAACUUACCAGCGAUGCAAUAGAGCUGCAUGGGUGUUUGUUGCAUGAAUCUCAAUAUUUAAAACACAAGAGAUAGCCUAUUUUCUAAGUAGCCUACACAGUAUUCAUAUUUAGAGUAUUAAUAGCCUAGGAAUGGCAGUGAACUAAGGAUUUAUCCCCCCAGCGGAAGACAGGAGAAAAAAAUAGACUAUUUGGAAUGGGGAACCAAACUGCUGGCCCUCCAGUCCACCCCAUCCCUGUUCUUCCAAAUUGGGGCACAGACCUCUGCAAGUCAGGAGAGCGAGCAGGGGAAGCAGUGUCUAAACACCUCACAUGGCUGCACCUUAAGAAUUAACCUGGUCAUGGGCAUGACUGCACAGCUGACCAGGGCAUCUGGUCCUGAGGACAGGCAGAUCUGUGGAUCCAGUGUAUAUAAAUAUAUAUCAAGUAUAUCUUUCACAAGUUCCUCUACCUUGCUAGCUAUAGAAAAAAAUGCAUUUGAACCUUGUAAAAGCUUAUGCAAUAUUUUUGACACAGGGCAAUUUAUGCAUGUGUUUAACUACGUGCACUAGAGUAUGUGUGUGUGUGUGUGUGUGUGUGUAUUUAUAUGUAUAAAUACACACACACACACACAUAUAUAUACAUUCAUUCUCUGGAGUUCAGGUUCAGGAGCAAAUCUACUGCUUGGUGGGUUGGUGGUCUAAGAAGCCUAAUGGGUUUAAUUGAUCUCAUUGGUAACCCCACUGGGCCUGGGUUUGCUGCUAUUGUCUCAGACACUCCAGUCUUCAUGGAUUCGUAGACAUUAGAAUUGUCUUUCUGCCCUCCAUGUGCUGCAGCUUCAGUUUCCCGUGGCUGAAGUUUGUCUUACUGAGUGCACAAGAGUCCUAUGGCCCUCAUAGCUCCAGCUGUCCUGGGCUGGGCCCACCCCAGGCCUCCUCUAUACAGUCCAUCAUGUCAGUCAUCACCAUUCUCAUCUUUCCCCACUCUAUUUGGUAUUCAUUGUCAUUUGGCUCUGCAUCAGUCACUUUCACAAACCAUUCCCUAAAGAGCCAGAAUGGAUCACCUGCUUUGAAACCAAGGAUACCAAGGAGGAGGGCUUCCGGGGACCCAAUUCCACAGGUCUGGAUUUAAAGUGAGCCUCCUCUAAAUAGAGUCCAGGACUAAGGGGUGGAACCCCUAGAUUAUCCACAGGCAUCAUUUCGAUUGCCAAAGCUCAAACUCUCUCCCCAUGAAACUGGCAAGCAGAGCUGCUCAGACAAACCAAAGGAUGGGUAAAGAAUCGUUCUCCACCCCCAGAACAUGUUCUGAGAGAUGAGUGCUGUGCAGCCUAAAGGUAGAGUUCGGGCUGGCCCUGGAAUGGGUUGAGGUGGGGAAGCUUUUGCACCACCUACUGGGCUUCCAUGCCUUUCAACACAAUCGCUGUAACUUCCCAGUGGAUUGUGUGGCUGGCUAGGCUCUGGCCCUAGCACCUGCAGUUACCUUGGGGGUGGGGCACCAGCUCAGGGGGCUAGGCCCAGGGUGCUCAUUAGUCUCUGGUCCCCCACAUCCCCAGGUGUCUGCAGGGUAUCCCAUGCCCAGUGCAAAGCCUCCGUGCUUCUCUCCCUCUCCUUUGUGGGAGAUGCUGCUGCAUAUUCAAAACAUGGGGUGGGAAAGAGGCAGACCUUAGGAAAAACAGAUGGUAAAACAAAACCCAUACCUAAGCUGUAGGUCAGGGAGUAGGUUUUUUGUCCCAGGGCCCUUGACCCUGGGACUAUAAAAUGUUCACACACACAAGUGCACAGGGCACAAGUGCAUGACACACCCACUGGGAAACAGAUAGAUUGUUGCCAGCACAAACCAAAACAUGCAACACACAUGCAAAAUACCCAGAAAGCAAAUAAAUACAAAAAGGAAACAUGGAAGCUACAUGGUUACACCUUUAUCCAAAAUAUGUACAACCUGCAGCUCAGAUGCAAAAUAGGUAAAAGCUACAAGAACACAAUGGGUAUGCAUAUGAAAAACACAAAGGACACCUUACUGUUGUUUCUACAUACAAAAUACAAAUUCAGUUUAUUCUCAGAACAUUUUCUCAUAGGAGAGACACAAAAUUCAGCACACACGCCCAAAAACAUAAUGCUCCUAAAGUGAGUACAUAGCCCCAGAUCCAUCGCUCUGCUCACCUAUCAAGUAAUAGACAUAAACAAAAGAUCAGAUUUAUUCAACUUUCCCUAUCCUUCAUCUAUACACCCUCAGUUUCUUCAAGAAUUCCCUUCCUCUAGUCUCUCCCUCUCACCUCCAAAUUUCAGAGAAGUAACCCCUGAAGCUUAAAGCAGAAAGAUGGGCUACUAUUGUCAAACAAUGUCUUAUUAAGACUGGGAAUCCCGUGGGGUUUUCUAUGUUCACUUUCCUCCCACCAGAAACCCAGAUGCAGUGUGUGGAAGGACCUGGAGUAGCUAGUAGCCUAUUAACAUACACUUCCUUGCCAUGGCCUUUCCUUCACAGCAAGUCCACACACACAACCCAGUAGCCCAGGUUCCCUGCUUCCACUCCCUCAGGUCACUGGAUUCAGCCCCAUUCUCUUGAAAGCAGUGAUGGGCUCAAGAAACUGCAGGGUCCUGGGCCCAGAACCAGAGUGACGAUGCCCUCAACAUUCUCUCAGUCUACAGACUUUAUUGCCCCUCUAUCCCCAGUAGCUUAGUCAGGGUGGGUCAGGAAGUUGAGACCAUGUAUAGACUUGUCCCUUAAAAAGAGCCACCUUUACUUGCUUGUGUCACCUCACUUGCUUCUAGGCAUAAGCCCAGUGGGGUCAACUCCCGAGUGCCCUCUCUGGAUGUUCACUCCCACCCAUACUGCCCCACCUUGCCGGGGCUCCACCUGGAUGCCCUGCCUCGCAUCUAGUUGCUGUGCCUGGAGGACACGCACACCAAUUCAGCUUAAAUAAAACAUGGUUAAGGACAUAAACCUAAUGCUAAACAAGCAACCAUUUUUUUAGAAGGUCUGAUUUUUAUCUUAUAUUCUGAGGCCAGAUUUAGAUGCCUCUGUUUUAGAUUGCCCAUGACACUGGCUCUUCCCACUAGUAAGACCAGCUGAGGGCUGGGUGUGUUGUAGCAAAGGCUUCAACCCAAAUGCAAGUUGGGAGCUGAAGUCAGAUGUGGCUCAGGCAUCUCAGGUAUCUGCUGCAGCUCUCCUGCUGUGCCCCACCCUUCCCUCCUAAUGCUCGCUCGUCACAGCCUCGGAUCUCCCUGGAGGAGGCAGCAACAGCGGGUGAUGAUGGAUGGGUAGGUCCAAAUUUGCACAUUCAGCACCACAUGCUGGGUCUUUCCAGUGUUUCCAAGUUAAGACACCAAUUUUCCCUUUAGCUUCAGCAGGUGCUUCCAUGGGCUCAAACUUUCAAGGAAGUUGGAGUUUUCAGGCUUCAAGAAAACAAGAGCCAGGAAAGGUAGGGAGAUUGUCAGGAAGAGAGGGUAACUGAGCUGGUCAAAUGUCAGUCAACUUUUCAGGAGCUGAAAUUUGGUUAGACAUAAUUCAGGCUCUGUGUUUCCUGAAGGUUCUGUGGUGUUUGACACACUCUCUUCUUUCCUCUCUGCUUCUUUCUGUCCCUCUCAGCUGGGCUUCUGAGGAUGGAGUGGGGAUGUCACCAGGAAGUGCCCCGCCGGGGUGCUCAUGUGGCUGCUCUGUGUGGGGAGGGCUGCUGGACUAACUUGUCCUAUCUGCUCUGCCUGGGUCUCUCACUCCACUGUGGUGAGGUCUUGGGCCAACUUACUUCCUCAUGGUCAGUCAUAUGGCAUCAGUGUCAACCCAGGAUGAGAGAGGACAGUGCCUGUGGAAGUCUCAGGCUGGGGUUCAGCACUGCCCCCAGCAGUGGAGAAAAGAGGUAGAGGCUAACUUUCCCCAAAGGAAACUACAGGACAGUUUGCAAAUUGCAUAUGAAGGUGAAGGUGGCACCAUAUCCCCCAUGAUAGGCAGGAGGAGCACAGAGCUUUGAAUUGUUCAUCCAGCAGCGGGAGUGAUGAGCCCUGCCCCAGCCCUGGCUCUCCUGGAGCCCAUUGUCAUGCCAGCCUCCAUCUGGGUGCUGGCUGCUGGUUUGAGAGGGCUGGUCCACACAGGCUGGACUGUCCAGGGUGCUCCUUGGUUAUAAAGUGGAGAUUCCCCUAGCCUUGGCAAAGUUUCCAUUGCCAGGUUUGAAUUGACGACCUUAACCUUAUUAACAUCAUUAGCCACCUGAGCCAACUAGCAGGGUGCUGGAUGCUGGGAGGUAUUCAAAUGGCCAGCAUGGCCACCAUCCAUAUUCUCAGGUUUGGCCCCUUGUGGAGACCAGCCCAGUUCCUCAUUAAUGCAGGAAGCAGGGACCGAUCAAGGUAAGGGAUCCCCUAUAGCUGGGAUGGGUCUCUUCCCCAAACUAAUCUAGUUCACUUUUCCCUUCUUUCUGCUUCCCUUCCCACCAAAAAUCAGCUCCAUCUCUCAUAGUUUAUGUUUGAAUAUUUUAAAGAGGCAAAGUGCAAUAAAAUAAAUAGUGACUGUUUUCUUUAGCAAUAGUUAUUUCAAAAUCUUGCUCUCAGGACUGAAAAAUGAUAGUACCUGGAUUAUCAGAUAAUGCCCUUAGCUUCUGGGCAUUAGUUCACUUUCUCCCUAUUUCCCUCUUUCUCCCACGUGUUCACAUGUCUCCUGUCCUGAGGCUCUGACACUGCUUUGGAAUGUAAACAUAGGCAGAGUUGCAAUGGAUGCACAAGGAAGGUCCACGAGAGGCUUUCUUUGUCAUUCUUCCUGCUGCACCUCUCUCUGCCCUCGGGACAUCUCUGUCCUCUCUCUCUCUCUCCUGCCUCCCCAUCUCUGCCUGCUCUCACAAAGCAUUCUUACAACCUCUAGGUUCUGAAACCUUGGGUUUGAGUGACCUCGCACUAGUCCACCUCGGUGACUUUCAGUCAGUCCGGCAGGGUGUAAUGGAAGCCUGCAGGAAAGCGCUUACCAAUUGAUAAGAAUGAAGCAUCCUGAGCCAUUACAGAUCAUUUCCAUGCACUAAAAGCCAUUACUUGAUCCAUUUGUUUCCCUUCCUCCCCUCUGCAGGGAGAUGGAGGAAUGUGGCCUGGAGGUUUGCACCUGGGAUGGGUAGCCUGGGCAGAUUUGGGAAAUUACCCUCUGGCCGUCCUUCAAAAUAAGCUGACUUGCUUACCCAAAGGGACUCCAGGAGAAUUAAAGAGGGAAGCAAGGUAAUUGUGAGUAGAGGUCUACAAGGAUAGAUGUUUGGGUGGUUAGGGCAUGACUUGAGUGAAACGAAGACCCCACCACCCACUACAGUGUGCACUUGCACAAAUAUUUGCACGCAUAACUGGGGACUUCAUUAGAGUCCCCUCUCUUGAAAAAAACCUGUGAGGUUAAAUAUUCAGACUGGACAAUCAGGGAAGGCUGGCAACCCCAGGAUCCCAUUGCAUUCCUUUUCAAUCUACCUUGCUCUAUACAUGUGCUUACAGCAAAACCUCAGUUAACUGAUGGGGAAAUCCUCAGGGAUGGGAGAAUCUUGAUUGCUUUACAAUUAUGAUUAUUUGAGUGGGAAUGGAAAAAUACAUUUGGGUUCAACCUUUGUUACUGAAAAAAAAAACCCACAUUUCCUAAGUAGGUUGGUAUAAACUUUCCUGCCUUAGUAAGUAGAGUGAAGAUGACAGGAGACCUUGUAUUGCUCAGGGUCAACAUUCUAAACGUCAGUGUUCAUUGUUCAGAAGUGUAGAUGGAAAAGACCAAAGAGAUGGGCUGAAUGUAUGCUGCCUGCAAGACAGACCUGAACUUGGCUGUUUGGGCACAUCCUGGCUCAUCAGAUAGUGCCCUUGCUGUCAUUUGCCUCUUUCUAUUGAAAGCAUAGUAAGAAAACAUAACUCUCGUUCAUCAGAGAUUUUGAUUAAUUGGUCCCAAGUUAUCAGAGGCUUUUCAUAUAUACAUAUAUCAGUGUAUAUAUAUAUGUAUAGUAUGUGUAUAUAUGUAUACCAUUGUUUCAAAAAUUACACAGUUAUACAGUGACCAAUCUCCUCAGCUUCACUAAUGUGGAAUAAAUUUGGCAAUCCAAGAAAUAAACUGCAUUUAUUUGAAUUUUUUAAAUGACCUCCCUUUGCAGACUUACCAUCUCUCCCAUUCAGUUCUUUUUUUCUUCUGUGUAAGGACCUCUCUAGAAGGCAGUUCUUUUAUAACGAAAGACCAGAACUCCCUGAUCACCCCUUUCCUUUCCCUCCCUGGUGGCUGCCUGACUCAGGGAUAGAAGGGAAGUGUGAUCUAAGGGCCAGGUGCUUUGUACUUUGUUCCUUAUGCCCUAGUUGACUGUAACCUCAUCACUUGAGGAUCAGCAAAGUUAUUCCAAACUUUAGCUCUAAGGGAGUGGAAAGCUUGAAGACCUGGCAAAGGACUGAUCUGUUUAGUUCUCUCUUUGCAAUUGGUGGUGUCCUAGGUUUGAAUUUUGUGAGAUCUGAAAGUAAUGCUUUUAAUAUAGAACUAAAGAACUUCAAUGCCCCAUGGAAGGUUAGACCUGUGGCAACUGAUGGAACUAACAAACUCACCCUGUUGUUGGUCUUACUGAAUCCAGGUUGUGGUUUGGGCCAUAGAGCAGUUCUGAUUCCAUUGCUCCUUUGGAGAAGCAACGUGUCUGAGCCGAUCCAUGCUCUAUUCUCCAUCUUACAUGGCAGUGUGUUAGACCCAUGGGAGAUAAUGCCAGUCCACCUCCUGCAUUUGACUAUGUGCACUCUACCUGGAUGGGGAUGGGCGUAUCUGGGGCAGUUGAGGUGGUACAGGAGUACCUGCCAUUUCCCAACACUCCCAGAAGCCUCCUAAUCUGGCCUAGCUGGCUGUGAUCAGACAGUAGAAGCCUAACCUGCACUUAGCAUGACCAGCUGAUAAACUGGGGCAGUUGAGGCAGCUUGUCCGAAUGGACACCUUUUACAGUGCAUGAACCUCAGCAUGGAAAGGGAUAUAACUGUGCUCCUCUGCACUCCUAAAAUAGUCGGUUAUGUUCCAGAUGAGUUUGCAGCUAAGAACUUCCUGCAUCAUUCCACUGACAGAUGCACAGGGCAGGUGUGUUUACAUAAUAAUGUGGACAGCUGCUGCAACAUCUAGAUAACUGAGGGCAGUGUAAAUGUGGCUGUAUGCUAGGACCUUUGGUAGCUUCCCAGAGGACUCAGUCCUGUGUCUCUUCUUGGUCCUCAUGAGAGGCCUCUAAGCCCUCUUCUCCUUGAAAAUGAUUCCCUAGACACUGACCGCCUUGUUUGUAUGAGUGCAUGAACACUCUGGGCUGCUGUAGG